AUGAACAAGAGUCAUCCUCACAGUUGUGCUGUAGCCGAGUGGUGCGCCAGCCAGGCGGGACCCGGGACCAACAAGGUUGAAGGCUCUAGGCUCGAGGCUCGAGACCGGCACAUGAAAGAACGGGGAAGAGCGGCAGGACUUGGUACCUCUCGGGUGGAACACGCGGCGGUCCCGUGCAGGAGGCGAAUCCACGUCCAUCACACAGAGCCCCUCUGGCCGCCGGUCUUUCGGCCCUCAUUGCCACCCCUCCUCCCAUCCUCAUUAAUACGAGCAUGCGGCCGCAGAAGCGCUAUCAUCAUCAUCAUCAUCAUCAUCAUCAAUAGCAGCAGCAGCAGCAUCCUCGACAUCAGCAGCAGCCAGAGCGGUGGCAAAGUCGCCGGCUCGGCUGCCAAAUGCAGGGAAGCUGGAAAGGCGGGGGUUGCAGAGCGACGACAAGUAAUUGCAGGUCUUCCCCCUCGCCGGCCCAAAAGACGCGGACAUGUACCGGCAUGUGCCAGCUCGUGCCCUCACCUCGUUUACGCCCUCUUCUGCUCCGACUCCGGCUCUGGAGGCUCAGCUUGCACACGACUCCUGGUCUCUCCCCGACCAUGCCUCUUCUGUUUCCCCCUCCUCCCCCUCGGCACG